UCUCAGGCAUGACUGAGCCCAGUUAACUCGGUGGGGAAAUAAUGUCUACGGACGUUCCCCUAUUGAACGACUACAAACGAACAUUUGUUCGGAACCGCCUCCUCCAGACGUUUACCGGGGGACUCCGUUUGACCGGGUGCCCCUGGUAUGGAGUGGUGGGACAAAUAGUGCUUUUCAUCAUUCCAUCUGUGGCCAUAAGCGUGUUUUACAUAUUUAGAGACUGGCAACAUUCAGGCUGGGGGCGUGCCAUCGCCUAUGUGAUAUGUGGAACGGCUAUCUUUCUGUAUGGAAUCAUAUUGCAGGCUUUAGCGCAUUUCAUUGAGAAACGAGCAGAAGCUGCCCGAGGAAAUGCAGUUUCAGAAGUUGUUGACCCUUUGGGUCAAACCCAGUCCUCCCGCCCAAAAUUUGACUUCAUGGAAGACGAGGAUAGAGUGGUGCUGGAUGGUUGUUGUGGACUAGCUUGUUGGAAGUUCCUCAUUCCCAAGAAGAAAUACCGGUUUAACAUAUUUUUUCACCCUUUAUUGGGCGGGCUCACCACUGGCCUUGGGUUAUACUUUUUAAGACUGGGCAACGUCCAGGAUAUUUUCGAGGGAACUCAUCGUUCUGUGCUUAUCAUCAUUUUCGGAUGGUUUGCAAUAGUGAACGCUUUAUACGGGCUUUUGACUAAUCCACCUCCAGAGAUUGCGACUUUCCGGGCCUUGGAAAUCUACGAAAUUGGAUGUCUGUCCCGGCCGUUCCACGUCCUGUUUCUCAUCUUACCUCAAAUCAUUCUCGAUUACUUGGUGGAAAAUGGCCCUUUUGGCGGGAUCGACCGCUAUUGGUACGGAUCUGAGCCGUGGAUUGGGCUCAACUAUGUGUCUCACAUCAUGCUCGCAGCAAUGCCUUUGCUGUGGUUCUUGGGCCUCUUUCCGAAUGUUGAGGCAUUCAUAUUUUGGUUUGGUGAACAGCUGGAAAUAUUUGUCCUGGGAGGAUCUGCCUCCUAUAAUCCAUUACGGUUUUCUAUUUACUUGAGCUUGUCUGUGAUUCAAUUCGGGCUCUUCUUUGCCUUUGGUGCUUUGGAACCCGGAUCAAUCGCCAGUCUGGUAACUAUAGCUGGCGUCUGUGGAUAUAUCCUGAGUCUGGAUCUUGUUGGCAUCUUGGAUCGGCUAUUUCUCAAACUGUGGCGGAAGUCGAAAGUCGAUACCCAUCUCAACUCAAGCCAACACCGGUAUCAUGUGAGCCGAUCAAAAACGUCCAGGAAACAUAGCAAUAAAGUGCCUUUCUCAAAAAUUGCCCAAACCGUGAAAGAGUUCUUCAUCCACUUGAUAUUUCUCACCAUAACGAUAGCAAUAUUGAUCUGGUACCCAUACCAGCCUUAUCAGCAGCAAUCCUCUGAAGGAGAAUUCCUCGAAACGGGGUCGCCUGCCUCUAAUGAGACCAAAAGCGGAAAUGGUACAACAUCACAGUUGAGGAUAAACCGAACCUUUUCGGUUCAUGUGGUUGUACUUGGUUGGAUUUGCGUGGGCUUAUAUCUAUUCCUGAAGAUCACCAAUGAAAUCCAAAAGGUGUAUAGUUUGUUUGGGUGUGUCCGGAGCCCUUGUUACUCUAGCCAAGUGGACACUCUCCCCAACAUGGUGUGGAUCUGCUUCCGGUCAUUAAUCAUCCAUUUUGGAUCACCAAUCUUACUAUCCUGCUACGUGAAGAACCUUGUCCUCGAGGAUUCAAUCUUGUUCCUGGAUCCCUUGCCCAAGUGGUUCGAGAUCUUGGCCUUAAUCCGAAUCAUGCGCUGGAUCUGGCAGAACUCUGAGGCUGCCCUCAUAGAGGUAGGAAUGCUGAACCUUUUCCUUCUCAUCAAUUACCCGUUGGCCCAGCAAUCUGGCUCCGUCGGAUUUUUUGUCAAUGAGUUGUCCAGGGGUGUCCAGCUUUUGGCCUUUGGCUUUCUCCGAGAUAGGAUCAAACAGUUCGUCGAAAAACUUUAUUUUGUCAUCAGCCUAACCGUGUCGUCCUUGGAGGAUCGGGCCAGCAAGAGGUCAUAUGCCGGUUGUCUGUUUCAACUCAAUAUUCUAUUUUUUCCCGUUGUGUUAGGAUUUAUACUCAUCUCAUCACUAAUAUCAGCUCCCUUGUUGGCGUCCUUCACACUACCAAUAUUCUUCAUAGCGUUUCCGAGACCCAUAAAGUUCUGGCCUGGACCGAUUGGAUCACAGGCCAAUUGCAGUGAGGAUUCAGUUUAUUAUCAACAAAUGAUCCCAUCCUUGAUUCCAGCCGUUCAUCGGGCUAAUCGGGCCGGUCGUUUGGGCGUGCUUCACGUGGGAAGUUAUUUGAUUGUCCGCCAUGAAGACAGGCUUGUGUGGAUUCAAGUGUUAGAAAAAGGAAACAAUUACUUCUAUUAUGGCGCCAAAGGUAUGGAAUUGCAGGAGACAAGUUGUCACAGUCUAGAAGCCACUAGAUUGGACGAUAUCUUCUUGGACACGUUUGAGAAGCAGGCUUCUAUGAACCGGUUUAUGUUCCACACCGUGACACCAUUAGUGAGCCUCCCUGUCUUGAUGUAUUCAGAUACAAGAAAUGUCUUGACUGGGAUCAUCGAAUCUCAAGACACAUUGGGUUUGAUCUGCAAGACGUAUCUCCAGACUUUGGUUUGGUACUUGUUCAAAUGGAUCAUCAAGGCCAAACACAAGAAAUCCUGUAUUGUUCCAAUGCAAAUUACACAAUCCUCCGAAGAGAUCGAUACCACAGCGGACCACGUCAUCCAGUUGGCUCAACUUCAAGAUCCAGACCCAAUAUCAAGCGACAGUGUGAACGAGAUAGACCUUGAUGAAUGGCCAAGCUCAGAAUCCACGACGGAACAACUCCAAUGGGCUCAAACCACGACUAUGGGCAAUCCUAAUUUGGGUCCCCGGAUAUCUACACCGGGUUCGACCAUUUUCGAUCAGAUGAGUGAUAUUGUGGACGGAGAUUACGAGAGUGGCGUAGAAGACGUUCACGGUAAAUCUCUUCCACGAAAUAAACUCCUACCUCCCAUUAAUAUUGGGCACUCAAGCGCCACAAAUGUUCAAAGAACAGAUUCCCUUGAUAGCUUAUCCAAAAAGUUGGAUAACAUCUAUUUACCGGGAGGAGUGUUAGAAAAGACCCCACAAGCUCAGCGACGUGAGCCCUUGACCAAGGAGUUAACCUUUGCCAGCCCAAAGCCGGAUCAAAGGACCUUCAAAACCUUCAUGGCCUCCAGGUUGGCACCCGAUUUGCAUUGGCUGAACCUCCCUGAGUUCUUCAAUACUCACGAGGAAAUCCUGGAAAACAACUUUUCCAGGGAGUGGUUCGUGUUUGCUUUCAAGAGGACCUUUAAGACCUUCUUAGAAAAUCAAGGACAUCACGAUACAGACCAAGAGCUAGAGGAUCUCCUUGUCGACGAAGACUUGACCGACAUGUACAGAAAGGUUAUCAAAGAUGCCUUCUUGACAGUCUAUGGACCGUAUUCUGGUCGUAAUGCCAAUGCUUUGGCAGCCAGUGGAGGCCCAGCUUUGCCAGUCAAUGCUUUUGGCUCCGUUUUCCCAACAUCAGUUCAACUUGAUUGGAUCCGGAACGAAACUCCAGCCUUCUUGGACCAAGUGAUCAUCCCAUCGAUUCGUUCGGCCUUCAAACUGGCCAUGGACCAAGUGCUUUUGGGCUUUUUCUCAUCCAUGGAGGAGUUGGAGGAGAACCUCAUUGAAUUGGACGAGAAGUGGUAUCUCGGCCUUGAGGACGAACCAGAGUGGAAAAAGGCCGUGGCCCGGCAAGUUCCCAACCUUUUUAGUGUCUCUGCAGUUGAAGCUGGGGGCCGCACUUCUCGAACCUUGUACCGAUCCCACAUGCUUAGCUUGCGGGAAUGCGAGGUAAAUGUGGGUCGACUGAACCCUGAGGUGGUUAAAGGUUUGUGGGCCUCGCUCAACUUGGAACUUCUUUACUUGACCAAUGACGACGACGAGAGAUAUUCUAUUCAAGCUGAAGAGCGUUUACUUCGCAACCUCACUGUUCAAGUAGCGGAUCCUCCCUUGGGGUACACCAUUCAUUCGUCCGCUGCUAUUAGACAAGGAAUUGAACCGUUGUGACCUGUUGUUAUCUGAGACCAAAUCAUGACGCUGUGCCAAAUUGGAUAAACACAAAUAGCACAAUUAUCGAUGGAAAAUAAAGAGACUGGAUAUUCUUUUCAAA